UUUCGCCCACGUCAUUAUCCGUUAGGUGGCGCUCGUGUACUAUCGGUUAUACAAGUAUGGCGUCGCGGUCAUAUUUGACAUGGAGCGUUCCCAAAUUGAGAGCUGAAUUGGCGACAAGGGGUGCCAGUGUUGGUGGCAGAAAAACAGAUCUUAUUGAAAGAUUGAAAGCCUAUGACAGGAACAGAGAUUUUCAGCCCCCUCCAUUAGAAAGUGUCCCUGCCCCUGUAUCCGUCGGCUGGCCAGUGUCAGGCUAUCAGCAGUUGCAGAAGGAGCACAAAGUUUUCUUGCCAAAAAUAACAAAGGAACAAAUAGACCAGUACUUUGUUUACCGUAUGGCAGGUGAUAAGCAAUUUACAAAGGACAUCAAGGCAGUGUCAAAGGGUAAUGCCAUGUUUCAAGGGAAUAGAGUGCAGGCAUGUUCUGUUACUGUUAAAGACAACAGCAUCUACUUCACAGGGAUUGUCGGGGCAGCAAUGAAAAACAAGGUUUCUUAUAACUAUAAACUGAAAAUGGACAAAAGUACAGGUGAUACCUUGAAUAGUGACUGCGAGUGUCCAGCUGGAAAAGGACCCCAUGGCACCUGCAAGCACUUAGCUGCUGUGCUACUCAUGCUGCAGCAUUUUACAGAAACAGGAAGUGUUGUUAUAGACAAAAGCUGCACUGAAAAUCUGCAGCUUUUUCACAAGCCAAAAGCAACCUACCAUGGGGUCCCAGUGGAUGCAGAAAGUAUUCCAUCAAGGAAAAGGCCUUCUGAUGAGUCCUUGGAAGAUCCGCGUCCUGCAAAAUUCCGUAAAGUGCCAGGUUACCAAGAUUAUGUUAGAAGUCUACUAAUCAACUACUGUUCCAUGACGUCAGAAGAUAUUGCUCUCCGAUAUCUUUUCGGAAAGGCUAAUAUACAGGUUGCAGCUGUUGACCAUUAUUAUACUAGAAUUCCAGUGACAGAGUACUGGGUAGAUGAAGCAAACAAGAUAACUGAAGCAGAUGUUGUGAGAAUCGAAAAAGAAACUCGACAACAAGCAUCUUCGAAAUUAUGGUUUCAUCACAGAUCCUGGCGUCUGACAGCUUCAAGAUUUGGAGAAAUCUGCAAGCUUACUUCACGAAGAAAUAUCACAAAACUAUGUCAAAAUCUGAUGUCUGUUAACAAUGCUAUGCAAAACAGUGCCUUGGCACAUGGUAAAAAUUAUGAGUCAAAGGCUCUGAAGUCAUUUGAGUCAAGAUACAGCUGUAAAACAAGACCAGUUGGUUUAUGUAUUUCAAGAUCUAAACCAUUUUUAGGUGCAACACCAGAUGCAUUAUUGUAUGAUGAUUGUCUUGUAGAAGUUAAAUGUCCAUAUUCAGGAAGAAAUGAGAAGAUUCUUCCUGGCAAGCAUUUCAGAUUUUUAGAUUAUAAUGAGAAAAAUGAAAUUAUUUUGAAAAGGACAAGCAAUUAUUACUAUCAAGUGCAAGGUCAACUUCACAUUUGUCAAAAGAAAUCAUGUUACUUUGUUGUGUACACAUUCAGUGACUUGUUUGUUGAGAAAAUCAAUUAUGAUGAGGAAUACUGUACUGGGUCACUUAUUCCAAAACUUGAAACAUUUUACAUCAAGUUUUUCAGACCUUUCAUUGCUUCUACUCUUUGAUUUGUUAUACUAUCU